UCUAUUGUUACAUAUACUAUCAUAAAAAUCAUAAAUGAAGCUUGGCUGUUAUUAGUUACAGAACGACCCAAAUGACUUCAUGGAAGAAAUAGUAAAGAAUUUGUUAGAAAUUCGUACUACGGAUUCGUCAGUUCGCAUAGCCCCUUCGAGCUUAACUAACUUUCUGAUACCCUUUACGGAGGACUAUUUCUUAUACUGGGGCUCCAUUAUAACAAUAAGCAAUAUACACAGUAUUCUUUGGUUAAUUUGCAGAGAACCAAUUGGUAUUACCACGAGACAAGUCGCAGAGUUUCGCAAGUUACACAACCAGUGUGGCGGGCCUAUAUUAUCGAACGUACGUCAACGAAAACCCCUGCAAGGCAGAGACGUUUUCCACGUUUGUCCCUCUGGAUCAUUGUACGCUUCCCUUCUACCAGUCCCACGAAUUUACGAUCAUGGGACAUCCAGCUUGAAUCGGAAAGGUACACCCAGCAAUGAAGAUGAUGCUGUACAUGACGUACAAAAUCCUUGA